GAACAAUCGUGCGGGCGUCUCCGGUGUUUUCGGAUCAUUAUCGCUUGCUUUGAGGGGUCCGUAGCCAUUUUGGCUCAAGCGGAUCAUCCCGAGUCUUUUUGUUUGACCGCCCCGGGAACCCCACGUUGCUUUCUCCUGUUCCAGCGAUGGGCCAAGCCUGCGGGCCUGUCGGUGGCAAGUGCCUCGCCUACGAGCCGAUCGGCGGAAGCUCGGAAAAGCUUACCGCCACCGUUGUCCGGGUGAACACCGGCAACCCCUCCGUCCCACCAUCGCAGUCGAACAUCAUGCGGGCGAUAUGCGCAAGUGGCGGUGGCAGCCAGGCGAUGUCAUUCACUCUAGGGAUAUUCAGAGGGUUGAGCGAAUGUGGGCUUCUCUCGAUGUUCGACUCUAUCAGCUCAGUGUCCGGAGGCACGUGGUUUGCCUCUAUUUUUAUGUUCGGCAAGACGUACAACGGCUCCGAAAUCAGCACCAGCGAAAUGCUGUGCAAGGCAGCAAGUCCCUCCGAACUUUCCAUGGCCGUGCUUAACCAGGAGCCAGCGCCCAUCGGCGCCGUCAUGACGAGAGAUGCGACUUUGAUCGCUGCGGAGCACUCUGUCAAAUAUGAACUAGAAGAGUUAUGGCAGGCAACAGUCGCGAAAUGGCUUCUUGAACCGUUCGGGCUGAGCAGUUUCGAAGCUUUCCUCGCGGCGAGCGAGAGCGACAAGAACCGCAUAGUCGCCGACAACCCCAUCCUUGCAGACAAGAUCUUCUCACCCCACGGCCCGACCGCCCCGCAUGCUUCGUGAUGAACGGCACUUGGCUUGCCCCUGUCGGGUAUUACGCGGGGGCAGACAGCGCGGUCGCGCUGCAGGUGUCGCCGGACUGGACCGGCCGUCCUUUCUACCCCAACGGCGAGGCUGUGCUGUACCCGUGCGCGUGCGGGUACAUGUGCUGCCCGCCAAGCUGCCGAUGCCCGUGCUCGUGCUGCGGCGCGCGCCUGGUCGUCGGCGGCGGGUUCGUGGAGACGUUCGCCUUCGGAGGGGGGGCGCCUGCGACGAGCGAGCAAACGGGCGGCAGGGCCGCUGUAGGCUACCCCGUGGGCAAACCAAUGUCCCUUGCUGCUGCGGUGGGCAUCUCCAGUUUUGCCGUCGGCGGUGUGCUGGAGGGCAGCGCAGUUCUCGGCAAGUCUCUCAACCCGCAGGCACUUGACUGGCCGGUCUUGGACCCGUCCGUCCAGCCAGGUCCACAGUCUGCCCUGCGCUACGAGUACGGGGACGGCGGCAUUGUGGACAAUUCGGGGCUCCUGGCAUUGCUGCAGCGGGGCGCGAGGAAAGUCGUGUGGAUCGCGUCCUCACAUGUGGAGCUCAGCACUUCUUACGACUUCGCAGGCGCCACCCCGGCGACGUUUGACCCCGACGCCGCGGAUGUAACCCAACAGCUGUCAACCCUCUUCGGUUAUCCUUACAACACCCUCGGGUCCCACCAAGCGCACAAUCAGGUCUUCAGCAAGGACCGGUUGCUUGACGUGGUUCGCAGGCUCGCAAACUUGCGAGACGAAGGCAAGCCAGCCGUGUGUUCGUUCAAUUGCGAGGUGUUGCCGCACGCAUGGUGGGGAAUAUCAGGUGGUUUCGAGGUGGAUGUUCUGCUGAUUUACCUGACCUCAACGUCUAAUUUCGAGGCUGCCCUGCCUGGUGACACGAAUGCUGAGCUCGCGAAAAAAACAUAUGGUGCUUUCGCUAAUUUUCCGAUAUACCGCACGGUGGGGAACAAUGGAAUGGCUGCAAAUGAAUUGGGAUUGACAGGGUGCCAGACCAACUUUACGGCAGCGCAGGGUGAGUACUCAGUCUCUCAGAACGCUGAUGUCUUCAGGCAGUUCCUCUCCUGAGUUCUUUGCAUCCUCCUGCAGAGGCGCGGGCGCGCAACUCGUCUGCCCUUUUGCUGUGUUGCCCCACUUUUGGGAGGCCAACAGGCGGGGGGGGGGGCGUCCAUGCAAAAUCCUGGCCUCUCGGGGGCAAUAUUCGCCGUCUCGGAGUGUGUCCUGAGCCGG